UUGGUAAGUGUCAGAAAGAUUGGUGUACGAUCUCUAUCGUGAAAAAGUGUUAAAAUCCUAGAAUAUUAUCAAGCAAAAAGUGUUAAUAUCGAUAAAGAAAAGGGCACAGUGCGUGACGGUGCAAAUAUUUAAUAGUGAUUUUUUCUCGAUCGCCGCAACCAAAUAACCACAAAUAUGCUGUCUGCUGCCAGAUUGAUCGCCCCUGCAGCCAGGUCUGCUAUCUUCAGCAACACAGCUUUGGUGAGGCCUCUUGCGGCGAUCCCCUCCCAAACACAGAUUGUUCCCGUUGCACCCGCCCAGCUGUCAGCUGUGCGCUCCUUCCAGACUACAUCUGUCACGAAGGACAUUGACUCUGCUGCCAAAUUCAUUGGCGCCGGCGCCGCGACAGUAGGAGUAGCAGGCUCUGGUGCUGGAAUCGGAACAGUGUUCGGCUCCCUCAUCAUCGGCUAUGCCAGGAACCCCUCCCUCAAGCAGCAGCUGUUCUCAUACGCCAUUUUGGGUUUCGCCCUGUCUGAGGCUAUGGGGCUCUUCUGUCUUAUGAUGGCCUUCCUGCUGCUAUUCGCUUUCUAAGCUAGUUACUUUUAAGAACACUACUACUGCCAUCCUAAAUGAGGUUUCAGUGUAUACUAUCUGGAGUGGACGGCCAUGGAAUCAUGUGUGUGAAACCUUACCCUCAUAGUGGUGCGAGAACUAAUGUGUUAAGUGUUACUACUUAUCAGUGCAUAUGAUCAGGAAUACAAUUUAUUUAAUAAUUAUGUAGUAUAAAAAAUAUCUGCAAAUAAAAUGUUGUACGUAAACACUUAUUGAUUUCUAUUCCUGAUUUAUAAAUGUAGACUUACUCCAAAUCAUGUUAUGCAUAGAAGUGCAGUAUGAUGUCGCAAGUCGCUGACAAUAUGUUUUUAAGCCAGUUUUAUGCACUUUGCGUGCGAGUAUUGUCAACGACUUGCUUGUUAUACUGUUCGGGAAUGUCAGCAUCUGUAUUGUACAUUUUUAGGGCGAUUAAAUGAUACAAACCAA